AUGCCUUCACGCCGUGUUAGCUUUGGGAUGAAUCGUGUGACUGACUAUGGCAGUCCUCCGCCUGAGAAAAGAAGCAAGAUCAACUCAUGCCGGGAGGCCAUGUUUGGCGAGAGGGCCCGAAAAUGGGCUUUCUUCUUCAUCGUCGCAUUUCUUGCCUGCCUGACCAUCAAGGACGUCGUCGAUCUGGUUAUCGAAUACUGUGAUGAUCCAAAGGAUUCCAAUAUGAACAUCGUGUUCAACGAUUCGAUGACGAUGCCUAACGUGACGUUUUGCAUGUCGAAGAAACAAGCCUGGAGUCAUUUUAAACUCAAUGAAAGCGCACCGGUCGAAGAAUGGGAUAUGAUAGUUGAC